AGACACCACCUGCGUGGCUGCCGUCACUGUGUCUGCGGUAGUCGUGGAGUGAACACAUCACUGCCUCGCUCCUCACCCUCCUGUGAGACAACCUUCUUUUGUUGACUCUUCCUUCCGUGAAGGGAUGAAACUUUGUGUUCAACGUUUGUUUGUAGUGGAUUAACGAGUGUGCGCGUGAACUGAUAUGAUCGAAGAAACUGUACAUGUCGUUGAGUAUAGUGUUUUUGAAUAGUUUAACUGCUUUUAACGGAUAUCUGAGUCAUUACUGACGCUGGUGAGUGGGAACGUUUAACCUGGGACAACAUAGUGAUCUACAACACACCAGGUGUUCACAUCGAGAGCGUCAACUCACACGGGCAGACACCGCUCUUCUGCGCCUCCUUUGGCGGUGACAGUGAGGUGGUGCCACUGUUACUACGGCUGGGUGCCAACCCCAACCGUCGGUGUGGCCUGAAGGGUGCCACCCCCGUGCAUGGUGCCUGCUACCGUGGCUCUCGUAGGGUGCUCCGUCUGCUGGUGGAUGCUGGUGGUGACCUCGAACUGACUGACAAUGACCACCAGACUCCCAGGGACUACGCACUGAAGCAGCCUUCACCGAUCCGUCGCCAGAAGAUCCUGUCCUUCCUGGACCUGCUGCUAGCUAUGACCUUACACAGGACUCUGGCCCGCACUGCUACCACCAACACCAGUCUCACACACCCUACACUCGCACAUGCUGCCUCUAAGACCAGCCUGGCACUCAAAAUUAUUAGCUCCUGUUGCUUCUACAAACGUCAGGGAAGUCUAGCAAGUGUGUGGGGUGCAUGUAUCACCGAGGGGGACACCACUUCUCCCCGUUCACAGCCUUACACAGGAGUCUCCUCCAACCUACACAAGACUGUUUCGUGUCAUCUUCUGGAACAGAUGUAUGUUUCCACCUCCCUGCCUCUCCUCACACCAGCUGACCUCAAGAGACCUGAGGAGGCAAGCAUCGCUUACACGUGUGGUGGACCAACUGUGUAUUCACCUUACACCUGGCUGGGUACUAAGGUCACUCUCCGUAGACCGACUCCAGCACUCUCACUACCCAAGGAAAAUGUUCCAAAAGGGGAAGAUCAAAGUACCCUUGAUCAAGGCGCAUGCAAGUCACUGGUGCAGGAGCUGUCAGUGCUACGGCGUCUCCGUCACCCAGCAUUCUUGGAGGUGAUGGCCGCGUGUCAUGUGACCUCGCCCUACCCUGAGCACAUCACCCUUGUCUUCCAGAAAGUACCUCAUGGCUCCCUCUACCAUCACUUACAUGUUGAGGUACAGCGGGAUGAGAAAGAAACUUUUCCCCUCACGUGUGCUCCAAAAUUUGUAUGUCUGGCAGCGUCAUCACAUGCAUGUUAA